CUGUAACUGCUCGACCCAUUAUGCAGCUCAUGUCUCGGCCUCUAACUUCCAGUUGACGCAUUCACUGUCAGAUUCAGAAGUCCGAGUCUGAGAAGAAGCACAUUCUGAGUAACAAAGGCGUCGCGAGCUUGAGGCCCAAUCAAGCAAGCUGGUGCAGUCAUUUAUCAUGGAGGCAGCUACUGUAAGACUUCAAUGAGCUGCCCUGUCUUGCAUUUCGGCGCCUGGUCCUUCGUUGAGCCACCGAAGGCCGAAAAAUGAGCCAAUUCUAUGAGUGCCCUUCCAUCAACCAGCGCAUAGGCGUCGCAGAGGGAGCGCUUUGAAGCAUGGCACCACUUGCAAGGCCCCUAAUCCGGACAAUCCUUGUGAUGAGCGCGCUUGUAGGCACGGGGUAUGUGCUGCGGCCAGUGGCCUGGGAGAUCGAGGCAAGGUUACACGAUGCAAAGGAACUUCUGUACCAUCGAGUUGGCGGACAUACACUUGAGAGGCAGGGCGUUGAGCUGCCUUUAGCAACAGAUGAGAAUGGGUUGCGUCUGGACGUUUUAGAGAAGAUUGGGAGUGAGGAACUGGCCAAGCAAGAGCAGAGAGCGAAGCAGGAAAGCAAAGCUGCAUUUGAUGACCAGGGUGCUUUGGGUGCAAUUAAGAUUGGCCGAGGUCAGACAGGGCAACAACCUAAGAAGGUGACCACUCGGGACCCCCUAACACAGUACAUAAAAGACAAAGAAGAGGGGGCCGAGGGAGGAGGCGGAAAUCUAUUUGGCAGGCUGACCCGGCGAGGGGCGUGGCGGGGCAUAGUUGGGCCAUACCUAGGCAAAAAUUCACAGAUGCAAACGAAGUACGAUGGGAAACGGACAACGAUAGCGGAUGUUGAGAGCUCGGACGAGGAGACAAAGAAAGGCGCCGAGCAGGUGGAUGAGUUGGAUGAGGAACGGGGAGAGGAGUUUGAGGAAGUAGACGGGGGGAGGACGGUAGGUGGCGAAGCUGGGAGGGGGAAUGUUGAGAAAAGCGGUUUCGAAGGGGGCGGUGAGAGAAGCGGUCUGGGAGGGGGGGAUGAGGGGGAAGAUUCUUGGCUACAGAACUUGAUAGGAAACGAAGAAGAGGACGGAGGAAAAGAAAGGUUGAGCAGCGGGGGAGGCGUCACGCUUGGCGAGAGGAAAACUAGGGACGAUCUGGACGGCCAAAGAAGAGUAGAGCUUGACACAGGGCCUGGAGUUGUUGAGGAGUCUAAAGAUGGUGAGGCGUCCCUUGAGGAGAUUGCUGACGGAGUCACGAAAGAGGGGGUGAAGACGUUCCUGGCAGUAAACGCUGACUUGGCUAGCGGUGGCGCCGACGACGAGGCUGUGAGCGGGGCGGGUGGCAUGGGGGGAGCUUUGGCGGGAGCGGGGGAGAAACCGAAACCGAGGGAGGUCGUGGAGGAAGAAAACGAGCUCGUGGGAGGAGAGGGUGCGAGGGUGCGAGAUCCGGGGGGCUUAUGGGAAGCGGGCACGGACACGAAAGCCGGUUUAGAAGAGAACAGGGAGGGCGAGGCCGUUCAGGCGGACGAGGAGUCUGUGGCUAGUCAGGGGACUCUGCUUCAAAAUGGGGCGAUGUCUCUUGAGAACAGCGGGUCGACCCUCCUCCAAAAUAGCUCCGAGGCUCGUUUCAACCGCUCUGCGGCUCUGUUCAACAGCACCGCAGCUCUUCUUAACAGCACCGCAUCUCUUCUCAACGGCUCCGAGUCUCUUGAUGAUAGCUUCUCGAUCCUCCCAAACAGCUCUAUUCCCUCUCUAAACGUGUCAGCUGAGCUUUCGAACAGCACUCUCACUCUCACGAACGACUCAUUACCAUCCGAUGCCCAAUCGACGGUCAAGAGCUGGCCUCUGGUCGAGGCAAUGAUGCGAGAGAUCUGGGAGGCGCCCCCGGCUGGGGUGGGCAUGCCCCCCCGGGAGGAAUUUACACUGCGCAAGGAAAUGGUGGAGCACCGCGCCGUGGACAACACGAUCGUGGUCACGUUCGCCAAUUUUGCGUUUCUGGACUUUACCACCAACUGGGUGCGGCACCUGACGGACCUGGGAGUCACCAACAUCCUCGUUGGUGCGAUGGACGAGGAGAUUCUUGAGGCCUUGUUCGUCGCGGGCAUCCCCGUCUUCGACAUGAAGAGCGAGAUGAGCCCCGGCGACGCGGGCUGGGGCAGCCCCGUCUUCCACAAGAUGGGCCGCGAGCGUCUCUAUCUAGUUGACGCGCUCCUAGGGUUUGGAGUAGAGCUCCUCAUGUGCGACACCGACAUGGUGUUCCUGAGAGAUCCCCUGGAGUACGUCAGCAGGUACCCCCAGGCGGACGUGCUGACGUCGAGCGACCACCUGGCGCACACGGUGGACGACGAGUCGCUGGAGAGGUGGCAGGAAGCUGGCGGCGCAUACAACAUCGGUAUCAUCCAUUACCGCCCGACUGCCGCCGCGAGGGCCUUCGCUCGCGAGUGGCUUGACGUGGCGACCAAAGACGACCUCGUCUGGGACCAGAACGCGUUCAAUGACAUCAUGCGACGUCAGUUCGGCCCCGCCACAGAAGACGAGAACGGCCUCGUUUACGCGUACGACGGAACACUGAAGCUGGGCAUAUUACCGGUCAGCCUGUUUUGCAGUGGGCACACGUAUUUCGUGCAGAAGAUCUAUAAGACGACGAAGCUGGCGCCGUUUGCGAUCCAUACGACCUUCCAAUACGGCGGGACCGACGGGAAGCGGCACCGCCUGCGCGAGGCGAAGGUGUUUCACGACGAGCCGGAGUAUUACGACCCGGAAGGUGGUCUCCUCGCGUACCGCUUCGACAUCCCGACAGAGCUGCUGUCGGGCGGCGAGCACACCGUCGAGACGCACUUCGCCCUCGUCAACUACCAGCUGCUGCAGCUGCGAAACGCAUUCGCACUCGCCCAGACCCUUAAUCGCACGCUGGUACUGCCGGAGCUGUGGUGCCGCUUCGACCGCCUGUGGUACCCCCACAACGGAAUCCUGGACGGAACCGCGACGCCGCAGCCGUUCCUGUGCCCAGCAGACCAUGUGUUAGAAAUUAACAAGAUGGUCGACGGCCUGCCCCGGGAGCAAUUUGGCGAAGACAUACCGUUCCGAGAGUACUCUCUCCUUGACAACCCGCGGCUUCCGGCAGAGAUUUUGGAGUCCAAGGUCGACGUCUUUGUCUGCAAAGACGGGGACGCCGCGUGCACGACAACGGAGGUCAAGCAGGGCCUGGAGAAGCCCACGUGGGUCGUCCUGGAGAGGGAUCCUUCCGACAGUCAGGUAAAGGCUCUUCUCGAGCCGUAUAGCGACACGAAGCUGUUGAGCUUCAGCACUAUGGAUGGGGCCUUUGGAGGCUUCGAGGAUAAGGUAUUGGGCGACAGGUUCAGAGCCCGGGUCAAGCAAUACGUUGGCAUCUGGUGCUGUAUACACGCGCACCCGGGUCAUAUUUAUUACGACAUGUACUGGGACGAGAAGCCCGGUUGGAUGCCGAAGCCUCCGAAGGAUCCGACGGAAGACCACCCCCCGUUGAGACUUCACUGAGUGUACUCUACUUGGAUUGUUCUGGUGACUUGUUUUUGCUAGCCUUGCACAACAAAGAUACUCUUUGUUGAGAACUUGGAAUAUGUUUGUGGCUCACGUUGGUCAAAUUAAAUCUGCUACCUAGGACCUUAUCUUUGUCAAAUCUGAAACUGGCUCGGAGUUGAGGUAAGCAAAGGGUUCCAGACUUGAAGCAAUAUACCGUACUUGGCAGGGGAAUUAGAGGCAUCCUGCUCGUCUUUUCCGACGCGGACCUUAUGGCCUGACGGCCCGCAAUUUGAACGGGCCUGCGCCACAAGGAGACUGAGCUUUUCGUUUUCAUGUAUUCCGGGCAGGUAAUUGCUGGUUGGCAACAGCCAAAACCCGAGAACCUUGGGCGGUAUAGUCACAAAUGUCUGAAAGCCAUCCGAGUCUCUUUCAGUGUGCACGAUUGGAGUUCUGGCUUGCAAUUGAGCAGCUGCACUAAC